AAAGUUUUAUUUAAUAUAAAGCUUAAAAUUUUAUAUAAGAAACAAAGACCAGAACAAUCUGUUUUUGAUAAAUGAUUUAGAAAAUAAAAAAAUAAGAAAAGGAAAAUAAUCUGAUCUUGUGGAAAAUCAUAGAUGGAAAGAAAAAAGAAAUUAAUCUGAAAUGGUAAAGUUUAACGAAAACGAUCAGAGAAGAAGCACAUGACAAUGGCGAAAAGAGAAGCAUCACAACCCCGUGAAACAGUGACCCAUCUCUCUCUCUUUCUCCGUUCCUUCAGAUAAGAGGAAUACGCAGCCAUGUUCAUGCCGUUCAAAUCUCUCUAUUUUUCUCUCAAUUAUUGAAACCAAAGCCCACACCUUUAUUUAUUACCCCCUCUUCAAUCCCCAUCAUUGUCCCACCCACAAUCCUUUGAUCACCACUUUCUAUUCCCCGCUGAUUUCUGAUUUCAUGACACCCACAUUGACAUGUCGCCGGCGUUGGUAGACACCGGAGCUCCCGUGCAAAAUCCAAAUCUUAACGGUCAGAUUUCUCUUCCUCUUUUGUCUUCUUUUGUUGCCUCUUAUUUAUAUUCGGAUUCUCAAUUUGAACAGCCACCACCACCAAUACAAAUCUCCAUGAAUCCAUCAAAUUUUGGUGAUUUAAAUUCUGGGUUUUCAAAUUCAAGCUCAAAUGCCCAGAAUUUGAGCUCAUCGGGAAAGCCUCGCCCCAAGCCGAGAUUGGUGAAAUUGAGAAGGCAGUCGAAUUCCCAGAAUUUCAAAUCCCCAGCUGACACCUGUGCCUGUCCCGGUUUUAAUCCGUUUCAACCUGUAUCCCCGCACGCUGAGCAGGAUGUUUCAAAGUCCAGUGCAUUUGGAUUUGGUGGCGGUGGGAAGGAGUCAUUUGUUUUUGGAAAUGGUAAAAGUAGUUUUGGUGGCGAUUCAGAUUCGGGAAAGUUGAAUGUGGAGAACCAAGUCAUUGAACAGAUGAAAAAUGUGAGAACUGGGAGCGGAAAUGUGUUCGGGAAUAAUAACUUAAAUGCAAGCCAUAGAAGUGAUUUUGUGUUUGGUAGCGAUAAGAGUUCCAGCGUUGAUGAUAAUAUGAAGAGGUUGACCCUUGAUGAUAAUGAGAUUGAGAAAGUUGUUGAUCAAAGAACAAAACUAACAGCAAAUGAUAUUGCCAAAUUUGGGCUCUGUAGUGGAGACAAUGUGACCACUUCCUUUGGCAAAAGUGCGGGAUUAAAGCUACCAGAUGACUUGAAGAAGGAAUUGACUAUUAAAGAGAGAGGAGAUUUCGGUGGUGGUAGCAGCAUCUCCGGUGCCGAUGAAGCAAAAAAGCCUGGUUUCAAAACUAAUACUAGCAAAUCAUUUGUUGGUCGCUUGGAUAAUGCACUUCCUGAUCAGAUUAAGAAUUUAAAAAUAAAGGACUCUUUGGAUGCUAAUGACAUUGAUAAUAAGACCUAUGAGAAGGACAGUUUUGCAUCUGGAGGCAGGAAAGGCACUAGGAAUCAUGUGGGUAGAGAAACAGAAAACAUACUGUUGAAUGAGAUGGAGAGCAAGUUGAACCUUGCUAGUGCAAUACGAGAAUCUUCUGGUCAAACAGAUAUUGGAUUUUCAUCUUCUCGAACCCAAACAGAGGAUAUGCAAACUGGAAAUGGAGGUGAUAGUAAGUUCCAUGAUUCUGGUAACUCGGUUCAUACUGAAUUUACUUUCAAGGGAGGGUUGCAGGGUAAGGAAGCAAGUGGUGACCAAGUUACUUCUGACCAGCCAAAAGUUGAUACACGACCAAGUGGAGUUGCAGGACCAUCGUCUUCAUUCUCACCCAGUGGUUUGCCUGGUGGGUGUGCUUUUGGAUUGCCACCUACAGGUAGAGAGGAGAAAAGAGAUGGGCUUAUUUUUACAAGCAAGCAAGAAGGUGUUGGAUCACCCUUUGUUGAAUUCAAAACACCAAAUCUGAAAGGAAAUGUAUUCUCUGGCUUAAAUCAGAAAGUGGAAAUCAGUGCGAAAUUUAAAGACUCAAAAGUAAAGAAGAAACGGGGAAAGUUGAAGCAACCUACCAAAGUCCAUCUAUGGCCUGGACAAGAUUUUGUUUCAAGGGAAAGUGGUUCUCACGAAAUCCCAGAGUCGUCUGAACCUAAUUCACCAAUGGAUGUGUCUCCAUAUCAGGAUCCGUUGUCUGAUACUCAAUUUUCUAGGGAAACUUCUGUGGCAUCAGAGGAGUCUUUCAGUCUUGAUAACCAAUGUCCAUCAACUAAUUCACAACCAUCAGCUGUAAAUGGUACCAUAGAUGAAGAUUUGAUUGUUGCAACAGAAAAAAUGGAAAUAAAUGAAGAGUAUGUGCAAUUCAGAGAAACAAAAAAGGAAGGUUCUGGUUACUGUUCUGAUAAAGGUAUUGUUGCUGAAAAUCCUCCAGAAGAUCCCUUAUCAAGGGCUGGAGCAGAAAGCCUGAAAUCUGCAAAUGUAGAGAUAGAUUUUGUCAAUGAUAUUGUGGUUACUUCAGAAGAAAAUGGAGCCAAUUUUAGUACAAAUAUGGAGGGACAAUAUAGUGAUGUCAGGUUUCAAUUUGGUUCUUCUGCAAGUUCUGAGGAUAUAGGUGGUUCUUGUUUCACAUUUGCUGCUGCUACUGCUGCUACAUCAUCAUCAAACUGUCAGCAUAAAACGAAGACUUGGGUUAAAGUUGGUAAUACUUCCUAUAUUUGCAGCCCAAAUGCAAAAGUUUCUUAUCCAUCCUCAAUUUCAGAGGUUACUCCAAUCUCUGGUGCUUCAUUGCCGUUGUCCCCAACUCAUGGCAAGAAAGUAGAUCUAUCCACUCCAUUCCACAUGAUUGGAGAUAAUUCUGAGGGGCUUAGAGGACAGGAGAUGAAACAGGAAUCUGAUUUAACUUCUGCUGCAUCUGUUGCAGCUCAGGAAGCAUGUGAAAAAUGGCGAUUAAGGGGAAACCAACGGUAUACAUGUGGAGAUACGUCUAAAGCAGAGGAUUAUUACACACAAGGGAUAAAUUGUGUUUCUAAAAGUGAGACAUCUAGAAGCAGUCUUAGGGCAUUGAUGUUGUGCUAUAGCAACCGUGCAGCAACACGAAUGUCUCUUGGAAGAAUGAGAGAUGCACUUAGAGAUUGUAAAAUGGCGGCUGAAAUUGAUCCCAAUUUUAUCAGGGUGCAAGUUAGAGCUGCAAAUUGUUACCUGGCCCUGGGUGAAGUUGAAGAUGCAUCACAGUAUUUCAAGAAGUGCUUGCAGAUAGGAAGUGAUAUCUGUGUGGACAGAAAAAUUGCAGUUGAAGCCUCUGAAGGACUACAAAAGGCGCAGUUUUCCUUUUCUGGUCCUGACUGGCAGAAAGUGUCAGAAUGCUUGCAACACUCUGCUGAACUUUUGCAAAGGAAAACUUCUGGUGAUGCAGGGAGUGCUUUGGAACUAAUUUUAGAGGCUUCAACUAUAAGUCCAUUCUCAGAAACAUUACUUGAAAUGAAAGCAACAUCCCUGUUCCUGCUGCGCAAGUAUGAUGAAGUAAUUCAGCUAUGUGAGAGGACUUUUGAUUCUGCUAAACAAAAUUCUUCUCUAAUAGAGGCUGAUUGCCUAUCAGCAGAUCUGGAUAGUAGUGAACUUAUGAAGAACUCCUUUUCUCUCUGGCGCACCCACCUGAUUUUCAAAUCCUACUACUAUCUGGGAAAGCUGGAGGAGGGUUCUGGUUGGCUAGAAAAGCAAGAGGAACUCAUUGCUAAAAGUGAUUUGUCCAGGAGUGCUAACAAGUUAAUGGAAUCAUUACUACCCUUAGCUUCCACUGUACGAGAACUCUUACACCAUAAGGCUGCUGGAAAUGAAGCAUUUCAAGCAGGAAAGCAUUCGGAAGCCAUUGAGCAUUAUACUGCUGCCCUGUCAUGCAAUAUAGAGUCACGUCCUUUUGCAGCUAUUUGUUUCUGCAAUCGAGCUGCUGCAUACAAAGCAUUGGGCCAAAUUACUGAUGCUAUUGCAGACUGCAGCCUAGCAAUAGCUCUUGAUGGAAAUUAUCUGAAGGCACUUUCUAGAAGAUCAACUUUAUAUGAGAUGAUUAGGGAUUAUGGGCAAGCUGCUACUGAUCUUCAUAGACUUGUAGCUCUUCUCACUAAGCAAUUAGAGGAGAAAACCAAUCAGUUUGGAUCAUCUGAUAGAAUGGGAAACUUGCCAAAUGAUCUAAGACAAGCUCGCAUGCGUCUUUCAACAGUCGAAGAAGAAUCCAGAAAGGAGGUUCCUCUGGAUAUGUACCUCAUUUUGGGAGUUGAACCUUUUGCUUCAGCAUCAGAAAUUAAGAAGGCAUAUCGAAAAGCUGCACUUAGGCACCAUCCUGACAAGGCUGGUCAGUCCUUGGCAAGAAAUGAGAAUGGAGAUGAUGGGCUCUGGAAGGAGAUGGGAGAAGAAAUUCACAACCAUGCGGACAGACUGUUUAAAAUAAUUGGGGAGGCAUAUGCAGUACUUUCUGAUCCUACUAAGCGUUCAGAGUAUGAUCUCGAAGAAGAGAGGAUGAAUUGCCAAAGGAAACACAAUGGAAGCAGCAAAUACAGAACACACACAGAUGCACAGAACUAUCAGUUUGAAAGAAGCGGCACUAGAAGACAGUGGAGAGAGGUUUGGAGAUCAUAUGGAAGAUAGCUCGCCAACGGAAGAGCCAGCUGCUUGGUCAAAGAGAUCUUGAUGGCAAUCAUGUGUGCUUGCUUGAUAAGAAUCUCCAUGUUCCAGAGUGACUAUUGUGUAUGCUACGCAUGGUAAGAAUUUUGAGAUUUAUGAUGAAAGUAAAAGAUGGGUUUGAUAUGUUAGCUGCAGUGUUUAUGUAAUUUCAACCGAGGGGUCUUGCAUAUGGGAAGUUGCUUCAGCUAUUUUGAGAAUUGACGACCAACACGCAGCAGAUGCAUGAUGUUUGAAAGCUUUGGUGAAGUUUAGUGUUUUGUCGCCCAUACAGGAUUUUGUCACCAAGAAUAGCAAAAAGAAAUUGGUUUCUAUUGUGAUUUUGACAGAUGAUUGUAAACUUGAUGUGGAAAUUUGUUAAUUUGAGGACUAGGAUUUUUCAUUUGAGGAGAAAAAAGGGAAAAGAUAAUAGAAAAACAAUAAAGAAAUAGAAAAAGA